AUGGUGGCGCGUGCGGAGGGCAAGAGCGGUUGGAGGAGUCUAGCGUCGUUGCUAGGAGACUGGACGCCAGAUGGGUCAUCCGGGAGGGCGGGCUCGCCGGUGCCGGGCUCGGCGCAUUCGUGUUGCUGCUCCAGCCGGCGGCUCCGCCCUCCGCUUCCGGCCCUGGGACUACCCACAAUCCUUAGCUCCUUCCGUCUCGCUAGGCUCCGGGCCGUUCUUCCGGUGGCGAUGGCUGCGGCCGUGGCUGGGAUGCUGCGAGGGGGUCUCCUGCCCCAGGCGGGCCAGCUGCCCAUCCGCCAGCUUGUCCGCUAUGGCUCCAAGGCUGUUACCCGUCACCGUCGUGUGAUGCACUUUGAACGGCAGAAGCUGAUGGCUGUGACUGAGUAUAUCCCCCCCAAACCUGCUGUCAACCCCAGAUGCCUGCCGCCCCCUCCCAGGCCCCCCCAGGAGGAGACAGGCCUCGUCCGGCUCCUCCGUCGGGAGAUAGCAGCAGUUUUCCGAGACAACCGAAUGAUAGCUGUCUGCCAGAACGUGGCUCUGAGCGCGGAGGACAAGCUUCUCAUGCGGCACCGGCUGCGGAGGCACAAGAUCCUGAUGAAGGUCUUCCCCAACCAGAUCCUAAAGUCCUUCCUGGAAGAUUCCAAGUACCCAAAUCUGCUGCCCCUUUUUGUGGGGCACAACCUGCUGCUGGUCAGUGAAGAGCCCAAGGUCAAGGAGAUGGUGCGAAUCUUGAAGAGUGUGCCUUUCCUGCCGCUGUUGGGUGGCUGCGUUGAUGACACCAUCCUCAGCAGGCAGGGCUUCAUCAACUACUCCAAGCUCCCCAGCCUGGCCCUGGUGCAGGGGGAGCUGGUAGGAGGACUUACCCUCCUCACGGCCCAGACCCACUCCCUGCUUCAGCACCAGCCCCUCCGGCUGACUGCCCUGCUGGAUCAGUACGUCAGACAGCAACACGAGGAGGACCCUGUCGUGCCAGCCAGUGGGCAGCCAGAUCCUCCCGACGCUGUUCCGGACUCGUAGCCAGCCUCUUGUACCCAGCCUGCCCAUAAAUACACUCUGCCCCGUUGGCUGUCAGAGAGAUGGGGAACUUGGGGUGAGGAGUGGCGUUUGUUACCUGGCUUUCACUGACAAAGAUCUCUUCCAGUACAUGGCAACCCAGAGAUGCAGAGGGAUCCCAUUUCAGAACGGAGGUGGCUCGUAAUCACUGUCUUUGUCCCUAGUUUUCCCAACUUGGGACCUGAUAGCAGCGGUCUCUUUCCAUUCUCCAUGUCCAAGGCGGAGAAGCCUUUGGUUUCUGUGUUCACUGCCCUUGCUGCACGUGCCUCCCAGCCUAUCCCCUCGUGGCUCCAAUGUGCCAGAAUAGCGCAACUGAGUAAUUGAUUGUGCUGAGAGUGGCAUCUGUUGAGAGCCUACUAUGCCAGGCUCCCUUUCCAUGUGCUAGAUCCUGUAUUCCUCACAUGUCAUCCCCAUUUCACAGAGAGGAAGACUAAGGGGAGGAGAAGUUAAAUAGCCCGCCCACGGUCAUGCAGUUGGCAAGAGUCAGCACAGGGACUGAGCCAGGCUCUUCCUACUCUGAAGAUGCUGCCCUGGUUUUCUACACUAAAGCUUUUUCAUUAGGGUCCCAAGUGUGCUUGGGUGUUAAUUCUGCACCCUCAGGGUGUGCCAUGUCGUGGAAAAGUUGGGAGCACUGCUUUAUGAUAAAGUGAAAUGCAUUUUA